AUGAAACCCAGUUCAACAUGCCUCAAGCAUUAUUCUAGGUCCAUAUUCAAUCCCAAAAAUUAUAGACCUCACACUAUCUACGAAUCGCUCCCAUUCACUCCAAAAUCUUUAUUAUGCAUCAAUACACCAACUCGGAUAGAUACAGCAAGUAGUCAAUUACUUGUCUUGACCAAGAAGUAUCCAAAUCUACAAAUAGUUUCAGUUACUCUAGAUAUGAAAUAUGUCCAUGCAAUUGGUGAAGUAUGGUUUGAUGAAUUGAUAGGAAUUGAAUCAAUGUAUUUUUCAAAUAAACUUUGGCCAGAUGAUACAAAAUUUUCAGCAUGGAUUCAUAAUAAUAAAAUUGAUUUGAAUUUAUCUAUAAAUUUACAUAAUUUCAAAGCUAAACUAUUUUAUAACAUGAUUGUUAAAAAUCCAUCAAGUUUAAAAUUUUCAAAUUAUUUAUCACAUUUAGAAAUUUCACUACCUUUUGAUGAAAAAACAACAAAAUUUCAAAUAAAAUCUCAAUUGAAACCAUUAACUCCAAGAUUGAAAAUAACUUCAGAAAUAAAAGAUCGUUGUUUUAUAAAAAGUUUCAAUAAUAAAAAUGCCUUCCUAAUGUUUGAACUUUUACAAAAACAAAAUGAAGAACCAGGGAAAGAAUACAAAUAUGUUUUAGAAAUUUCAUCGUUAUCCAAAACUGAAAGAUUUGAACUUUUCCCUAUCCCAUCUACUCGUUCAUUAUUCAUAUUAAACAGAAAUGUUGAUUUCUUGCCAAAUGAUAAACUAUAUGCAAGAAUUUUACAAAAUUGUGUUAAUGAUGUCAAAUUUCCUAAAGUUAAUAAUGGUUUAGUUAUUGAUUGUUUUGACAUGUCAAACACUGACUUAAGAUCUAGUGGUGAAGAUGUUGUUGUGGAAAAUUCAGUUAUAAUAGGUUCGGGUAGUGGUGGGUUUCAUGUUGAUGACGUUGCUUUUGCUUCAUUUGGUGAUUAUGUUAAAGUUGAAAGUGUACAAUAG